AGACACCACACUUUUGUUCCACACCCAAGUAACAGCUGCUGCUGUCAUACCCUGGACCAAGCAUGGACAAGCUACUGCUUUGGAUGUUUGUCUUCACCAGCCUUCUUUCAGAAGCCUUUUGUCAGACAGACCUCAAGAGGAAAGUAUUUGUGUUCCCCAGAGAAUCUGAAACUGAUCAUGUGAAGCUGAUCCCACAUCUAGAGAAACCUCUGCAGAAUUUUACACUGUGUUUCCGAACCUACAGUGACCUUUCCCGCUCUCAGAGUCUUUUCUCCUACAGUGUCAAGGGCAGAGACAAUGAGCUACUAAUUUAUAAAGAAAAAGUUGGAGAAUACAGCCUAUACAUCGGACAAUCAAAAGUCACAGUCCGUGGUAUGGAAGAAUACCUUUCUCCAGUACACCUAUGUACCACUUGGGAGUCCUCCUCUGGCAUUGUUGAAUUUUGGGUCAAUGGAAAGCCUUGGGUAAAAAAGUCUCUGCAGAGGGAAUACACUGUGAAAGCCCCACCCAGUAUAGUCCUGGGACAGGAGCAGGAUAACUACGGAGGAGGGUUUCAAAGGUCACAGUCCUUUGUAGGAGAGUUUUCAGAUUUAUACAUGUGGGACUAUGUGCUGACCCCACAAGACAUUCUAUUUGUGUACAGAGAUUCCCCUGUCAAUCCUAAUAUUUUGAAUUGGCAGGCUCUUAACUAUGAAAUAAAUGGCUACGUAGUCAUCAGGCCCCGUGUCUGGGAUUGAGAUCUUACAACAAAACCUCAUGGACAUCAGAUGGCCGAUGUGUAAGAGGUCAAGGCAGCAGAAUUCACUCUAUCUGGAGCUUUUUCUUCUUUGUGAACAUCUUGUAUACAUAUCUGCCAAAUAAAAAUCCUCUCCAAUUCCA